AUGGAGGCCGCCGCGGCGGGCGCGAAGGACCGCGCGGGGUCACCGCCGUGUCACCGCCGCGCCACCACCGCGCUGCGGUCCUGCCACUUCCAGCCGCGGGCUCGCGGACAGCGCGGCCGUUGCCCGGGCGACGCGCACAGCAACGCCACCCGCCCGAGGCGGCCACCGCGGUCCCAUCCCCAACGCGACAUGGCCGACUUGCGCUCGCGUCGCGGACAGCGAAAGACGAAGAAGGAUCCGGGGUCCAAGAGGGCCUCGGCGGAGGAGAAGCAGCCGGAGGAGGAGGAGCAGGGGGAGGAGGAAUGGGAGGAGGAGGAGGAGGAGGAGGAGGAGGAGGAGCGGGAGGAGGGGGAGGAGGGGGAAGAGGAGCAGCGGGGAGACAAGGGCAAGUCCUCCGAGUUCUGCGACGAGGACCUCUGGAAGGUCGUGCACCUCCUUGACAGCGAUGACGGCUUCCUGGCCUCGCGCCCCCGUCUGGCCAGCGUGGUCAGCCCCAGCCUGGACUCCACGUCCACUCUCACCCAGCAGUCGAGCACCUCUGAGAGCCCGCGGUCCCCCCACACCCCGACGCCGCCCAGCGAGGUCCGGACGCCGAGCCAGAUCACGCUCUCCAGUGCCUCCUCCAGGAAAAGUAACGCCCGGGCCGCCCUGCCCUGCCCCUGUCCAGUCCUGCCCCGACCCUGCCCCAAACCCCUGGCCCUGGCCCUGUCAGGCUCCAGGGAUGCGAGGAGGGCCACAGUGGACAGCGUCUCCCAGCGGCUUCCAAGUGACCAGGUAGGUCUGCUUAUACCUGACGUCUUAUCUGAUUUCAGAAGUAUCUAUAAAGGGUUGUACCCAGGAGUUCCAACGUCGGUACAAACAGAAGAGAGCUGGCUUCAGGACAUGUUUGGUGACAAGGACACAGGUGAGCAGCUGGGUCUCUUUGCGACUGCUGGGAGGUGGGACUCAGUGGGAGAAGCUGCAGGUGAGGAUGGCCCACAGCUGGCCUUGAAUCCCCUCUGCAGCAAGGACUCACACUGCAACAUUGACAGAUGGGUGAUCAAUCCCGAGGAGCCCAAACUCAGCGUGCUGUGUGAGCUGGAGUUUAAAGAAGACUUCAUACAGCUCUUUGAGCCUUCCCUGACAACACUGCCCAGCGUUGGGCCGCCGUCCAUUCUGGCAUACAAAAAAGAUCAUUCCGACUUAGACAUUUACUUCAAGGAGGAAGAGGAAGAUCUUGCCCCCAAGUGUGAAUUCUGUGACAGUGACCUCCACUCAUUCCUCUCCAACGUGGACAUUUCCUCUAACAUGGAAGGAUCUGCCCCCUGUUGCCAUCAUUUCCAAAACCUCAUCGACUUCAUCUAUGAGGAAAACCAGAAAUCCCAACGUGCUGCGUCGGAGCUGAUCAGGAUUGCCCCUCACGCGGCCCACGGCAGCGAGGCGGAGCGGCUCAAGGCCAAGGAGAGGGCCCAGAGGAGGAAACAGGAGCGGCUGGCCGCCAGGCAUCUUGCAAUACUGGCCAACACCGAGCAAACUAGUUCCAUACCAGAAGACCCAAGGCGCUUAAAAACAAUUACAUAUCAACUUUCGGUGGAUGUUCCAAAACCAAAGCCAAUUGUAGAAAGGCUAUCUGACUUUUAUCUGAAGUACACUAAUAUAUCCAUCCUUUGUUGUGAUUCCAGGAGAGCAUGUGGAAAGGUGGUGACCAGCGAGCUCCUAGAGAGGCACUACAAGAACGGCCGCAAGUUCCUGACCUCGUUCCCAGACGGGACCACACAGAUCUUCUAUCCAUCUGGAAACCUAGCCAUCAUCCAAGUGCCCAACAAGAUAAAUGGCUUCACGUGUAUAGUCCAAGAAGACGUGCCCACGAACCCUGCCAUCCUGGCGCUGCUGGACUCCUCGGGCAGAAGCUCCUGCUACCACCCCAAUGGAAAUGUCUGGGUGUUCAUCAAUCUCCUGGGAGGUCAAUAUUCAGAUCAAGCUGGCAAUAGAAUAAGAGUCUGGAAUUGGUCCCGUUCCGUGAAGUCCUCGCCCUUGGUUUCGUUCAAGCCUGUCUUCCUGGCUCUGAACCAUCACGUUGGAAUUCGCAUCUUAGAGCAGGACAAGGUUUCCAUCACUUUCCUAGCAAUGGGACAACAGGCAAGAAUCAGCAUUGGGACCAAAGUGAAGGUGGCCCUGCCUGAGGAGAUCCCAGUACUGUGGUACGUGAGUGGAGAGGACCUCUUCCUGCUGGCCAGCUUAAUCAAGAUCCGCAGGCUGUUCCACAGGCUGCAAGGUGGCGCAGCCUUCCCCUCGAGCCAGGUCUGGGGAAGACUGAAGCAGCCUUCCUACCUUUCUUCACUCUGUCUAAAACUACUUGCCCUCUGUCACAACUCAGGGGCAAAGAAAGAUAUCCUGACGACAGUCAGAGACAGAAUAAAGGAAAACAUUUAA